AUGCCCGGAGUUGCCGCAACUCACAGUCUACUAACCGUCGUGACCAAGGGCGACAACUGCGAGGGAUACCCUCUCAAGUUCUGUGGAGUCGCCAGCCGCGGAAAACUCUCUGGCAAGCCUCACCCCUUUGCCGACACCUCUCCCAGGCCUGUCAAGAAGAGACGCGUUCGGGCUCAGUCAACCACCGGGAGCACAGAGGCUGUUGCACCAACCUCGACUCCCAGGGAUGUUAGGCCAUCCCCACCGGAGACAACCACAGUCACAGCCGUCUCCCCUCCUACCGGACCUACCCUCGCCAUUUCCCCUGUAGGAGCUGUCGUGGAUCCCAACCCCCUGGACCAGGAUGCGACGAUAACGAUGCCCGGAGGGGCUAUGCUCCCCGGAUCUCCCGAAUUUGAUUGGUCUAGUCGCGAGGCCUUCAUGGAGAUGGCUUCAAUUCUGAGAGAGAGCGCCUUGGAGGACCAGAUUACCGGUGUCAGCCCAGCGACGAGCACACUCUCCCGCGACGAUGAGCUCUUGCUUCCGUUAGAUGCUAUCUGCGGUACUACAGAGGCAGAGGGUCAGCGCAUUCUGGUUGGAAUGAACAAGUUUUCCUUGUCCAGCAGUGGGAACGUACAGGAGGAUGCAGUCGCUGCUUCACUAGCUGCUUCCUUUUCUAGGAUUCCCUGGGCUUCUAGGAUAGCAGCCGUCAAGUUUGAUGCCCUGCCGAGUUUAUCUUCACCGUUGGACAAGACGCCUUUCCCUACAAAUCUGGACCAAGAUCGGGUGCAGUUUCUACUACAGUACUUUGACGAAACCGUCUGCCCAAAACUCGUCAUCGAUGGAGCAGCAGCCUGGUCUAAUCCCUUCCAGCAAUACCUCCUCCCAAUGUCCCUCCAAUUCUCAGGCGUACUUUACGCGGUUCUGGGUCUCUCACUAGGCCAUCUAUCCAUCAAUCACUGCGAUAAUCCCUUCAACGAGCAGGAAUCACUGCAGUACCGCUUCAGAGCGAUCAGGCAGGUGAUUGACUGGCUGGAAGGGUUGCAAGGCACGUCUACUGAUCCUUGCCUUGUAGAAGCCGGACUUGCCAUAAUACUGAUCUUGUUGAUACACGACGUCUGUGAAACGGGUGUUUCGGCAGGGGGCAUUCAUUUGAAUGGGGUGACGAGUAUCUGUCAACGACACUCGAAACUUCUUGAGAGGUCGAUCCGUGAUAGGCCGUGUAUGAAGUUUCUGUUUGGCGCUUUAUCAUGGAGAUACGAAGAGUUACUCACCGACGGGGUCCAGGAACACGUCUUCCAAGAAAUGGAUGAUAGACUUUUUGAGUGCUUCUCAGGAUGUCCAUUGGAACUCUUUUUAGCAUUCUCCCGCCUACUGAAGCUCUCCAAAGAUGAACUGAUGACAACUUCCGGCACAUCGCCUGACAAGGCUGACAUGGAAUCCAUCCGAUCUAUUCAGCAAUAUCUCGCCACGUGGAAGAGAGAUACAAACAGCGAUGCAGCCCCUGAAGAUGGCUCAGAUCAUCUUGCCAACGCCUUCCGACAUAGCUUCCUCCUCCACUCUCUCAGAUUCUCAGACAAGGAUAUGACAGCUGACAACUCCGAGAUUCAAAGACACAUUCAAGAGAUCCUCAACGCGGUGUCCAAAGUUCCGACCGGUUUCAAAGGCUCAUCAAGACUACUCUGGCCAUUGUUCAUGGCGGGUACUGAGAGCUUGAUGGCGUAUCAGCAAGAUUACGUGCUUCUUCGGGUCAAGGCCAUCUUGAACGAUACAGGGUUUCGAAAUCUGGCAUCUACGACUAUCCUGGAGCAUAUCUGGAAGGAGCGUAGGAAAGGGGCUGAAAGUGGCAGCGACACGAGACUAUGGACGGACUAUCUAUCAAAGAAAGACAUUAUGGAAACUCACGAUUAUCUGAUCUUUUAA